AUGGCAUUCUCCAGAAAUGAAAUCUCCCUCGACUACGUCUCAAUAGGCUGUAAUCGCUUCUCAAAUGCGGCAGAUUGCAGCCCAGAAAACCUUGUUGCAUUUGGUGCUGGUCAAUUUAUUGCCCUGUGGCAGUUAUCUCAACACUCUAGUCGCGGUAUUCAGCGCACAUUAUCAGGCCACUCACAUACUGUAACAACAGUUAAGUUUCAAACUCGAGUGGAUGAGAAAGGCACCAAAAGAACAUUUGGACUUGUCAGCGGCGACGCAGGUGGGGAGGUCAUUGUCUGGAGGGUUGUGGAUGAUGUGUGGGCUCUCAGCGCUCGAUUGAAGGCUCAUAAAUCAUCAAUAGCUUCCAUUGGUCUUCUUGCAACGACAACAUCAGGCGCUGUGAACGGAGGACAGGAGAGUGGUCUUCUGCUAACGGGCGCUUCCGAUGGCACGGUCAAUGUGUGGGACCUUUCUAAAGCAGAGGAAGCUCCAACUCAGAUCCUGAAUUUAAACGGCAAGUAUUCUCUGGACCUCGCGCUUAUAAUCCUUCCCAACACCAACAUUAUUGUGCUAGCUGUCGCGUGCACUGAUAGAAAGCUUCAAAUAUGGGCGCGGGAUAUUAUCGUCACGGGAACAAGGAGCAGACUAACAAGUCUCCAGUUCCGAUAUCGCAUGUCGCUUGAGGGUCACGGGGAUUGGAUUCGAUGCCUUUCGUUUGUUACAGAACCUCCGAUUGAGCAAGAGCAACCGAUGCGCGUUAUUCUUGCAUCCGGCUCCCAAGAUGGAUAUAUCCGAUUGUGGACGAUUGCGCAAAUCCAUCAGGAGGAAUCUAAAAGGAGUGGCGCAACUGGGGGGUUAAGCAACGACUUGCUUGAAAUAUUUGAGAAAUCACUCGCAGAAGGUGGUCAGCUGUCAACUAAGGCGCAUGUCUUGGUGUUCGACAGCGGGCGCUAUUCCGUUACUUUUGAUGCCCUUCUGCUUGGCCAUGAAGGAUGGGUCACCGGCUUGCACUGGUAUCCCCAGCUCCAGACUCCCUCCAGCUCGAAGCAGCCUCUUGUCCUCCUUACGUCUGCAUCAGACAACUCGCUUAUCAUGUGGUCGCAGGAUCCCGAUUCUUCCAUUUGGUUGAACAGGCAACGCUUUGGUGAUAUUGCCGGGAAAGGGAUGGGUUUCUUUGGUGCUCUUUGGGGGAAUGACGGGUGUGAUGUCUUGGCUCAUGCCUGGAACGGUAGCUUUCACCGAUGGCACAUUGAUGCUCAGAAUGCUGAAGAUCGUGUCUCGGGGUCAUGGGAGCCGGCACUCGCUUUGACUGGCCACAGUCAACCAGUGCGUGACGUAGCUUGGGAGCCCAGCGGUCGAUACGUCUUGUCGUGCAGUUCGGAUCAGACCAGUCGAAUACACGGUCCAUGGCGAUCUGAUCCAUCGAUCAGCAAGGCUGGUGAGAUCACUUGGCACGAGUUGGCUCGGCCACAGAUACACGGCUAUGAUCCCGUGACUGGCGCGUUCGUUAAUUCUCUGCGGUUCGUAAGCGGUUCAGAUGAGAAGGUAGCAAGAGUCUUCGAUGCUCCCGGCUCUUUUGUUCGCACGUUGCGCGCAUCACAUCUAGUCGAAGAGGCCAUAUCCGCUGACGAUCGACCGGCCGCUGCAAGCGUCCCCGCACUGGGAUUGUCCAACAAGGUUGUUAGUCAAGGUGCGUGGAAUGACUCAGACGCCGUCCCGUGUCACAAUAGUCCCACGGCACCAUUGGACGAUGCUGCCUUGUCGCAGCGACCACCCGUAGAGAGCGAGUUAGCACUUGCAACACUUUGGCCGGAAAUCGAGAAAAUAUUCGGUCACGGCUACGAGUUAUUUGCGUUGGCGGUUUCGCCAGACGAGAAAUUUGUAGCAACGUCGUGCAAGUCCACAACACCGGAUCAUGCCGUCAUUCGGGUUUAUGACACGACAAAUUGGAAGCAGUUUGGCUCACCCUUAGCGGGCCACGCGUUGACCAUUACGCGGAUCGCCUUCAGUCCAAGUGGUCGAUAUAUCCUCUCGGUCUCCCGGGAUCGUAGCUGGCACCUCCAUGAGUUCAACGCAGAGGGGUUCCUGCCCGUCGCCUCAUCAGAGAAAGGUCAUGCCCGCAUCAUCUGGGAUUGUGCUUGGGGCUCUGAUGACAACCUGUUUGUCACAGCGGCGCGGGACAAGACCGUGAAAAUCUGGCGCCGAGACUCUUCGGCUUGGAAGGCAGUCGCCACACUAAAACUCGGCGAGUCCGCCACAGCAGUUGACCUCCAUUCUCUUGGAGAGUCUCACUAUGUGCUUGCUGUUGGCUUGGAGACUGGCCACAUUGAGCUACACACAUCCGACAAUCUGGCGGAGAAGUGGAAGAAAAUACUGGUUUUGGACUCUGAUCUCGCACACGUCCAGGAGAUUCACCGUUUGCGCUGGAGCCCGAGAAAACCAGAAAACGGCUCAAUGAAGUACCAGCUAGCCUCUUGCGGAGAUGAUGGUUCACUUCGCAUCUUUACGAUCGACCUGCAUCUGUAG